GCCCCCUAUAACAGGUUGCCCGUUGGCGCCGCGCUGGACCUGCUGCUGCUGCUGCUGCUGGGUUCGGCCUUUGCCUCAGGCGGGAUGGCCAAGGCGGUCGCCGGCGCGGGGGAGCCGCUGCCUUCUGCUUCUCUAGCCCCAGAGACUGUUAAAGCGGCGAUGCUCGGAGCCGCCGGGCUGCUGCUGGCGUUGUGGUGGCUCUUGGGCCGCCGGGCUCUGCAGCAGCGCCUUCCGCCUGGCCCCAAGGCUUGGCCCCUGUUGGGCAACUUCGCCUUCGCCCUGUUGCCCAAAAAAUUGCAGGUCUUCCCGUCCCACAAGAAGGAAGGGAACGACGGCGAGCGAGCCGGCGAGGAGUGGGGAGGGCCGUCGCCGAUGCAUGUGGUGCUGACUGAGCUGGCGAAAAUGUACGGCAGCAUUUUCCGAAUGGCAUUGGGCAACCGCCAUGUCAUCGUACUGAGCGACUUCGAGGCGGUCCGGGAUGCGCUGGUCAAUCAGGCCGAAAUCUUCAGCGACCGGCCCAGUAUGCCCAUCGUGGCCAUCGUUACCCAGAAGAAGGGUGUAGUAUUUGCGCCUUAUAGUCCAGUGUGGAAAAAACAAAGGAAGUUUUCCCACUCAACUCUCCGUCAGUUUGGAUUAGGAAAGCACAGUCUGGAGCCUAAAAUCAUUGAAGAAUUCAAGUAUGUGAAAGAUGAGAUCCUGAAACAUGGAGAGGAGCAAUUCAAUCCUUUCCCUAUUAUUGGCAACGCAGUGUCCAAUGUGAUCUGCUCAAUAACCUUUGGUAGGCGCUUUGAUUAUGAUGAUGCAGAGUUCAAGAACAUGCUAAAUCUUAUGUCACGUGCACUGGAGGUCAGCCUGAAUAGUCAGGUACUGUUGGUCAACAUUUGCCCAUGGCUCUAUUAUCUUCCUUUUGGACCUUUCAGAGAAUUCAGGCAGAUUGUGCUAAAUAUCAGAGCUUUCUUGAAAAACAUCAUUAGACAGCACAGGGAAAGCUUGGAUGUCCAGUAUCCCCGAGACUUCAUUGAUAUGUAUCUCCUGCAUUCAGAUGAGGAAAAGAAGAUCAAUGGGGAAAGUAGCUUUAAUGAAGACUACCUGUUCUUCAUUAUUGGAGACAUUUUUAUUGCAGGCACGGACACUACCACCAACACGCUACUCUGGAGCCUUCUUUACAUGUCACUUCAUCCACAAGAGCAAAGAAAGGUUCAAGAAGAAAUUGAAUUGGUAAUUGGGUGCAACAGACCUCCUACCCUGGCUGAUAAAGUGCACAUGCCCUUUACAGAAGCAACUAUUAUGGAAGUUCAAAGGAUGACAGUGGUUGUCCCUCUUUCUAUUCCUCGGAUGGCCUCAGAAUCUACCGAGCUUCAGGGAUACCUUAUUCCAAAGGGCAGUGUAAUCAUUCCUAACCUGUGGUCCGUGCACAGAGAUCCCAACAAAUGGGAAAACCCAAAUGAUUUUUGCCCGGCAAGAUUUCUGGAUGAGAAUGGCCAGCUCCUCAAAAAAGAAACAUUUAUUCCUUUUGGAAUUGGCAAACGUGUGUGCAUGGGAGAACAGCUUGCCAAGAUGGAGCUUUUCUUGAUGUUUGUGAGCCUUUUACAAAGUUUCACCUUUAUAUACCCUGAGGACUUAAAGAAACCACCAAUGGAAGGAAGAUUUGGCCUAACAUUAGCUCCCUUCCCAUUUAAACUUAUUGCCUUAAAGAGAUGAGGAAACUUCCAAAAAAAUGCUGCAUGAUGUUCAUGUUACUAUAUGAAAUUCAGGGCUAUAAAUGAAACGUUCUUCACUAAAACCUACUCAUUAGCCCAAAGCAGGCAAGGAAAUUUCAGCCCAUGGGGUAUCCAAAACUUAUCAAGCACUUUCUCCUUCGCUUGGGCUGUCUCCCACUUGAUAUGCUGAAACUCUUCAAUUAUAACAAAUUGAAGUAUGUAAACCCCAAGAGCUGCUGAGUAACAAGAGAAAAUUGGGGCAGCCACACAUAAGGGAACCGUUGGUUGUUAAUUGCUUUUUUAAGUAGAUAAAAAGCCAAUGAAUAUAUUGGAAAUCUAAUUUGCACACGACAAUAGACAAAAGC